AUGAUCGGGCCUGAAUACCUCCAGAAAAACCACGCGACCGGGGAUCCGCCCCCAUUUGGAGCUGUGGACGAUAUACAAACCGUGUAUCUGAGCGGUGAUCCCGACUCUGUCGGCGAUGUCCAGCCGGACGGUUGUCCUACGAUUAUGAUUGGCAGUGCAAACCCAGCGGGUGAUAAGAUUAAUGGGUGGAAGGAGAUCCCAAGAGUGGCUGGGUUUGACCUGAAGAGGCUGGUUGUGGACGAGACGGCGAAUGCGACUUUGCCGUAUUAUGUCGAAAAUACCAAGGACCUGGCCAAGAUCAAGCGUGUUGUGAUUACUAUGGCUGGUUUGUUGAGAAAUACAUGGAAGUAUGCGAACAGCAUGCGCAACUCUCUAAUCUGCGCUGCUGGAAGAGACACCGUCGACGCUGAUAUGGACAGCGUGUUGAUUGCUGCUCCCCACUGGUUCAGUAAAGAAGACGUCGACGCUGGAGCUGCCCAGCCAAGCGAUAUUUUCUUCCACGGGAGUACAUAUCAGAGAGGCAAUGCAGCGAUUGGGCCUGGCGAGGUUGAUAUCUCGUCUUAUGAAGCAAUGGACAAACUCGUCAAGACCUUCUGGAACAAGGACAUUUACCCUUCUCUUGAGAGUCUUGUCAUAGCGAGUCACUCCCUCGGCGCGCAAAUGACCCACCGCUAUGCAAUACUCCGCCCCUCCCAGCCCGAGGAUCCCUUAAUCUCCUACGGCGUCAUGAACCCCGGCUCUCUUGCUUGGCUUGUUCCUGAACGGCCUGCCCGGUGUGAAGACUGCACAGACUCGUUCGACGCCUGGCCAUACGGCAUCGGGCCAGGCAAACCGAGAGCCUUUCCGAAAUACGUCCGCGACGAAGUGUUUAACAACCGGUCCGCUAUUCAGCAACGGUAUAUUUCCCGCAGGAUCUUCUACGGGUUUGGAACGGAGGACCACGGCGCGGGCGAUACGCACUGUGAGGCGCAGUGGCAGGGUGCGACGAGGAUAGAGCGGGGACGGAAUUUCGAGAGGAUGUUGAGGGACCUACAUGGAGGGUUGCCGGAGAGUCAUUCAGUUAAUUAUAUUGAGGGGCUAAGUCAUCAGGAUUAUUAUAUGAUGCUUGCAGAGUCUAUGCAGAAGAAGCUGUUUCUGUUUAAUGAAUAG